AUGGUAUCUUCACAUAUAGAAGUACCAGUGUUUUAUCCAACCUAUGACGAAUUUAAAGAUUUUUCAGCUUUUAUUUCAUCGAUUGAAGCACGUCAUGCACAUAAAAUUGGUUUAGCAAAAAUUGUUCCACCAAAAGAAUGGAUUGCAUGUAAAACGGGUUAUAAACAAAAACGAAUCGAUGAAAAAGUGGUAGAAAAUCCAAUAAAACAAGAAGUACAUGGAAAAGAUGGAGUCUAUUCUGUAUUUAAUAUUCAACAACCAUCCAUUAAAUUAAGUUCAUUUCAAAAAUUAUCAGCAUCAAAUCGAUAUGCAGCACCCAAAGCAAUAUCAAAUGAUUUAGAAAAAUUAGAAAAAAAAUAUUGGCAAAGUUUAACAUCGAAUGCACCUAUAUAUGGAGCUGAUGUAAGUGGUUCGUUCACGGAUGAAAAUCAAACAAUUUGGAAUGUUAGAAAUUUGGGAACAAUUCUUGAUGAUCUUGUUAGUGAAUCGGGAACGAAAAUUCAAGGUGUUAAUACACCUUAUUUAUAUUUUGGUAUGUGGAAAGCAAGUUUUGCUUGGCAUACUGAAGAUAUGGAUCUCUAUUCAAUUAAUUAUCUUCAUUUUGGAGCACCAAAACAAUGGUAUGUUAUUCCACCAUCACAUGGUAGAAAAUUUGAACAAUAUGCUUCAUCUCGUUUUGCUUCAUUGGCACGUCGAUGUCCGGCAUUUCUUCGACAUAAAAUGACAAUUAUUUCACCAGCAUUAUUAACAAAAGAAUCCAUACCAUAUGGUAAAAUGACACAAUAUGAAAAUGAAUUUAUGAUAACAUUUCCUUAUGGUUAUCAUGCGGGAUUUAAUUAUGGUUUUAAUUGUGCUGAAUCAACGAAUUUUGCUCUAGAACGUUGGAUUGAAUAUGGUAAACAUUCAACAAAAUGUACAUGUCGAGAUGAUAUGGUUAAAAUAAGUAUGGAUCAAUUUGUAUAUAAAUAUCAACCGGAAUGUUAUGAAGAUUGGUGUCGUGGGGUUAAUUUAACACCACACCCUGAAGAUAUACAAUUGUCAAAAAUAAAUAAACCUGUUUUAAGCAAUUCAUUGAUAAAAAAACGAUUAUUAACUAAUCAAAAUUCAAAUAAAAGUGAUUUGGAAUCUUCGCCAACUACGAACGAUCAAAUUCAAUAUUAUCAUCAUGAACAUAUAGCAGAUGAACGAUAUGCUUGUAUAUUUCGUAAUUUAGCUAAAUUUGAUAAACAGAAACAUUUAAAAACUUAUCAAUGUACAAUUCCACUUAUUCGAGCUGCACUUUAUCGAGCACAAUUUAAAAUGAAUAAAAAUCAGAAGAAAAAUUCUACUAAAUUAUUAUGUUUAACAGCUGCUGUAAUAACGAAACUUUCUUUUUCUUAUUCUUCUGCUUAUUCACCAAUAUAUUUUAACGGUUUGAAACAAUCAGGUAAAUAUCGAGAAAAUAUUCUUAAUGGUCUUUGGAAUUAUCAAUUGUUAAAUCAUAAAUCUGAACAAGUAUAUAAUCGAUGGUUAUGUAAUCAAUCAUCACCAUCUUGUUCAAUUUGUUAUUUUUUUAAUAUUAAUAAGAAUAAUCGAAAAGAUUCAUUAUUAUUUCGUUCUUUAUUAAUGUCAGAAACAUUUUAUACCAAUUAUGAAAAUAAUUCUAAUGAAUUACUUCAAUGUUCAAUGUGUAAUAUAAGUGUACAUCG